UGCACGCCCAGCUCCGCCCGCCGCCCCGGACGCCCGCGCCCGCCGAGAUGCUCGCCCGCGCCCUGCUGCUCUGCGCCGCGGUGGCGCUCAGCCACGCAGCAAAUCCUUGCUGUUCCAACCCAUGUCAAAACCGAGGUGUGUGCAUGACCAUGGGAUUUGACCAGUACAAGUGCGACUGCACCCGGACCGGAUUCUACGGUGAAAACUGCUCCACGCCGGAAUUUCUGACCAGAAUCAAACUGCUCCUGAAACCCACUCCGGACACGGUGCACUACAUCCUUACGCACUUCAAGGGAGUCUGGAACAUCGUCAAUAGCAUUCCUUUCCUGCGAAAUUCAAUCAUGAAAUACGUGCUGACAUCCAGAUCACAUAUGAUUGACAGUCCACCAACAUAUAAUGUGCACUACAACUACAAGAGCUGGGAAGCCUUCUCUAACCUCUCCUACUACACAAGAGCCCUCCCCCCUGUGGCCGAUGACUGCCCAACGCCCAUGGGUGUGAAAGGCAAGAAAGAACUUCCUGACUCUAAAGACGUGGUGGAGAAACUUCUCCUCAGAAGAAAGUUCAUCCCCGACCCCCAGGGCACCAACAUGAUGUUUGCAUUCUUUGCCCAGCACUUCACCCACCAGUUCUUCAAGACAGAUCUUAAGCGGGGACCAGCCUUCACCAAAGGACUGGGACAUGGGGUGGACUUAAAUCAUAUUUACGGUGAAACUCUGGACAGACAGCAUAAACUGCGCCUCUUCAAGGAUGGAAAAAUGAAAUAUCAGGUAAUUGAUGGAGAGGUAUAUCCUCCAACAGUCAAGGACACGCAGGUGGAGAUGAUCUACCCGCCUCACAUCCCUGCGCACCUGCAGUUUGCUGUGGGCCAGGAAGUGUUUGGUCUGGUGCCUGGUUUGAUGAUGUAUGCCACAAUCUGGCUCCGGGAACAUAACAGAGUGUGCGAUGUGCUCAAACAGGAGCAUCCAGAAUGGGAUGAUGAGCAGCUAUUCCAGACAAGCAGGCUAAUACUGAUAGGAGAGACUAUUAAGAUUGUGAUUGAAGACUAUGUACAGCAUUUGAGUGGCUAUCACUUCAAACUCAAGUUUGACCCAGAGCUGCUUUUCAACCAACAAUUCCAGUACCAAAACCGGAUUGCUGCUGAGUUUAACACACUCUAUCACUGGCAUCCCCUUCUGCCUGACACCUUUCAAAUUGAUGACCAGCAGUACAACUAUCAACAGUUUCUCUACAACAACUCUAUACUACUGGAACAUGGACUUACCCAGUUUGUUGAAUCAUUCACCAGGCAAAUUGCUGGCAGGGUCGCCGGUGGCAGGAACGUUCCGCCUGCGGUGCAGAAAGUAGCAAAGGCCUCCAUUGACCAGAGCAGGCAGAUGAAAUACCAGUCUCUUAACGAGUACCGCAAACGCUUUUUGCUGAAGCCCUAUGAAUCGUUCGAGGAACUUACAGGGGAGAAGGAGAUGGCUGCCGAGCUGGAAGCGCUCUACGGCGACAUUGAUGCCGUGGAACUGUAUCCUGCCCUGCUGGUGGAGAGACCGCGCCCGGAUGCCAUCUUUGGGGAGUCCAUGGUAGAAAUGGGAGCACCGUUCUCCUUAAAAGGACUGAUGGGUAAUCCUAUAUGUUCUCCUAACUACUGGAAGCCAAGCACGUUUGGUGGAGAAGUCGGUUUCAAAAUCGUUAACACUGCCUCGAUUCAGUCCCUCAUCUGCAACAAUGUGAAGGGCUGUCCCUUCACUUCAUUCAACGUCCCAGAUCCUCAGCUCACCAAAACAGUCACCAUCAACGCGAGCGCCUCCCACUCCCGGCUAGAGGACAUCAAUCCCACAGUCCUGCUGAAAGGCCGCUCCACUGAACUGUAGACGUCUGUUGAUCGUAUUUAUUUAUUUAUGAGCCAGUUCUUUUAACUUAAUUAUUUAAUAAUAUUUAUAGUAAACUCCUGAUGUUACCUGACAUCUUCUGUAACAGAAGGCAGUACUCUUCUUGCAGAGAAAGAGCUCAUACUCGUGAAAACUUCCAUGUCACUACUUUAAAGACAUAUUUUCUUCAAGUUUUCAUUCUUUUUUAUAAACCAAUGGUAAAUGGAUUUUGACAUCUUUUUACUUGAAUUUAAAUUCCUAUGAUGUUAGAAGAACAAAGUCAAAGAUGUCUGAAUGCUUAAUGUCACUGCAACAUGGAAAACACUGCCGGUUUCUGUACUGUCAGAUCUGUGUUUCUUCCAUGAUGCACUAGGAGCAAAGAACAUCUGGAUUUUAAAGAACUACAGGGCAUUUUUCUCUUUCAUCAAGUAAAAAGAGAUUCAAGUCUGUUUUUAAAGGAAUGUUUAGCUCAGACAUUAUCAAUAAUUUCAUGUCUGCUUUUUUAAAGCAGCAUUGAAACAGUAAUUUGAAAUUUCUAAAUUCACUGGGUAGAAUCACUUUUAAAAAUUUAUUUUAUUUUCUGUACCAAAGUUAUAAACUUGUAUUCACAUCAAUAGAGGAAACUUUCAUAGAUUUAAAUCUCUAAAAUCAGUGGAAAUUAUACUACAAACUGCUGGUUAAAAGGUUGCCUAAGAGACUUUGCAUUUUCACUAAGAGUAAAAAUCUAAUGUGACUGUUACAACUUCCUUUCAAAUAAAAAUGCCAAAUGUAGUAAGGUGGUGGAGCCACUGAGGUCCUAUCUUAAAAUAUUUUUUGUAGAGAGAUUCCACAAUUUGUUUUUGUGCCUAGUAACAAAACCUAUGAUAGCAAUUUCUACAUUUACAAUCAGCAAUAAAAAUAGAAGAAAACCAAAACAGUAUAAAUUUGGGUUUAAACUCUUUAAGGAGACUUUACUUUAGCCUUGUGUGUACUACAGGCCUGGUACUCAACAGACUUCACUCUGAGGUUCAUGAACUUCCAAGCUGGCCUCACUGAUGGGCUGUUUUCUUAGACUUUCUGUUGUACAGUGUGACUUCGCAGUGGCCUCAGGAAAUGCCUCUUCAGAAUCCACUAGGCAUUACUGAAUCCAUUCAGGCAUUGCUUUCACCCAAAUCUUGAUCAGCCAGUUCAGUUGUGCAUCGGAACCAAGUCGGGCCACACACAUGCUGCUCCUCUUACUGUUUCUCUUACAGCCUUCUGUGCUAAGAGAAUCUCUUGUCUAACUGAUGUAUUUCUUCUGGUUUGUUUUCCUGGUUUGAAGAUGAGAGUUCUUCUUUCUUUGAAUUCGACCAAUAUUUUCUUACUUGAAAUUUUGCAGUUUUCAGGAAAACCUCAGCUCAGGACUACUAUUUAGUUCCUCCCAAGAGGAAUAAAAGAGAAAAUAUGGCGCUUAAAAAAAAAAAAAAA